GGGGUGAGACCAGGGGAGAGACCAGGGGAGAGACGGUGAGACCAGGGGUGAGUGAGACCAGGGGAGAGACCAGGGGUGAGACGAUGAAGACCAGGGGUGAGACCAGGGGUGAGACCAGGGGUGAGACCAGGGGAGAGACGGUGAAGACCAGGGGUGACACCAGGGGUGAGACCAGGGGUGAGACCAGGGGAGAGACGGUGAAGACCAGGGGGAGAGACCAGGGUACAGGGAAGAGGUGAAUCGUUGUGGAGUCAUCAGGAGGGGACAGAGGGGUGUGGCCUACUCUGGUGGUAUCAGACAGACGGUCCUUUAUAGCUCCGUUAGAUGAGCAUGGUGCUUGCAACGAUAGUGGGUUCGAUUCCCGGGUCCACCCGUAUAUAAAAUGUAUGCAUGCAUAACUGUAAGUCUCUUCGGAUAAAAGCGUUUGCUAAACGGCGUUUGUUCUUCUAUCACAGACAGACAGACAGACAGACAGACAGCACCAUCCAAUGCUGUUCUGUUUCUCUGCAGCUUUCUAUCCUCGCAGAAAAGCCUUUCAUUUACAGGCUGUUGGGACACAUUAGGCAAAUCACUACUUUCAGCUCGUGUGUGUGUGUGUGUGAGUAUGUAUGUGAGUGUGUGUGUGUGUGUGAGAGAAUGUGUGUGAGUAUGUGUGUGAGUGUGUGUGUGUGUGUUCCCCCUGCCCUGGGUUACUCAUCCCUCUCUCCCUGAGGAGAAUCGUCCUUCCUUUUCUCUAAUUCUACAAACUCUGAAACUAUAUUAACAAUCUAGAACUUAAUCUAAAAACUCGAUCUAGAGGCUAUAUCUAGACUCUGGAAUCUGUAUAUCUAGACUGGAAUCUGUAUAUCUAGACUCUGGAAUCUGUAUAUCUAGACUCUCUAACCCGUAUAUGUAGCCUCUCUAACCCGUAUAUCUAGCCUGUAUAACCCGUAUAUCUAGCCUCUAUAACCCGUAUAUCUAGCCUCUCUAACCCGUAUAUCUAGCCUCUAUAACCCGUAUAUCUAGACUCUCUAACCCGGUGUGCCUCUAUAACCCGUAUAUCUAGCCUCUCUAACCCGUAUAUCUAGCCUCUAUAACCCGUAUAUCUAGACUCUCUAACCCGUAUAUCUAGCCUGUCUAACCAGUGUAUAUCUAGCCUGUCUAACCGAUCUGUAAAUGGACACCCUGGUUCAGCUCCAGAACAGCCCGUUCCUCAUGGGGCUCUGUCGGAACGGAGCCCCAGUUAACCUGCAGUACGACAAUUCUUCAGAACUGUUCCGUAUCUCCACCUUCGCUCGGUUUCCAUCGUUGGGGGUAACGGAGCGCAGCCUGGCCAGGGCAGGAUGGUUCUAUACUGGUGUGGGAGACAGGGUGCAGUGUUUCAGGUGUAAUGUGAUGGCAGACGGCUGGCAGACAGGGGACUGUCCAACAGAGAGACACAGACAGCUGUCCCCAUCCUGCUCCUUCAUCCAGACUCUCCCCUCCACAGCCAACCUCCUCUCCUCCUCACACUCUGCCUUCUCUCCGCUACGCAGCGCCCCUGUCAUACCGGUGUCAGGCCCUGGCCCAGCCCCCCUCCCUGUCUCCGCCCUUAAUCCUGCCCCCAACCCGGUGCCCGGGGAGGAGCCUGUUGGGUAUUUGAAUAUGGGGUUCUCUGCCCCGCCCCCCUCCAGCCCGCUGAGCUCCAGAGGAGUAGAGGACAUGUUCCACCAGAGACCCCCUACCUGUCACAACCCCAGCAUGAGGAGAGAGCAGGACCGUCUGGACUCCUUCCACACCUGGACCCUGUCCAUCAUCACCCCCUCUGAGCUGGCUAAGGCUGGCUUCUAUUACCUGGGGCAGGGAGACCGCGUGGCCUGCUUCACCUGUGGAGGACAGCUCAGUAACUGGGAGCCAGGGGACCGGGCCGUAUCGGAGCACCAGAGACAUUACCCCAACUGUCACUUCGUCAGAGGAGACCGGGCCGACAACGUCUCCCUAGCCGGGGUGGUGGGGGGGGUAGCAGGCACCUCUCAGCCCCCCGGGGCAGAAGCCCCAGCCCCCCCGGGCCCCGGCCCCCCAGGUCUCAGUAACGUGUCUAACCCAGCCAUGCAGCAGCGUGAGGAUAGGUUGCUGACCUUCGUCCACUGGCCCUUACGUAUCCCUGUACGCCCCGACCAGCUGGCCAAGGCAGGAUUCUACUAUGUUGGGCGUAAUGACGACGUGAAGUGUUUCUGCUGUGACGGGGGUCUGAGGUGCUGGGAGUCAGGUGAUGACCCCUGGGUGGAGCACGCCAAAUGGUUCCCUAGGUGUGUGUACCUGCUCCAGGAGAAAGGUCAGGAGUUCGUCCAUCAGAUCCAGGCUCGCUUCCCUCGCCUCUUUGAACAGCUCCUAACCAAUGGGGACAGCAGCUCCAGAGAGUUUGUGGACCCGCCAGGUGAGGAGCGGUCGGAGGAUGCCGUGAUGAUGAACACUGCGGUGGUUGUGUCGUCACUAGAGAUGGGGUUUGAGCGUGGCCUGGUGAAGCAGACAGUCCAGAGUAAGAUUCUGACCAGUGGAGAGAACUACAAGACCGUCCAGGAACUGGUCUCGGACCUACUGAGUGCAGAAGAUCAGAAGAGAGAGGAGGAGAGGGAGAUGCUGGCCGAGGAGAUGGCUUCUGACGGUCAUUCAUUCUUGAAGAGACACCAGGCAGCGUUGGUCCAGCGUCUGAAGAGUGUUGAGUCUGUCCUGGAGCACCUCCGAGAGCAGAACGUCAUCAGUGGAGAGGAAUACAGUAGUCUCCAGGGCCAGUCCUCCCAGCAGCAGACAGCCAGGCUGAUAGACUUGGUGCUGACUAAAGGGAACGCAGCAGCUGAGGUCUUCAGGAACUGGAUCCAGAAGAACGAUGUCUACCUGCUCAGAGACCUCAUGGCCCAGGCAAAUGAAGCCGCAUCACCGAGUCAAGAUCUCUCAGACCUGCCGAUGGAAGAGCAGCUACGGCGAUUGCAGGAGGAGCGGACCUGUAAGGUGUGUAUGGACAAGGAGGUGAACAUUGUCUUCAUCCCGUGUGGUCACCUGGUGGUCUGUAAGGACUGUGCUCCCUCUCUGAGGAAAUGUCCCAUCUGCAGAGGACUGGUCAAGGGCACCGUCCGAACCUUCCUCUCCUAGAAGACCUCCAGAAAACCUGGCCUCCUAGGAGACCUCCAGGAAACAGGGCCCCUUCUAACACUGUCAAACUUCUACUCCUGGAGAACAGCUACCAACAGUCUGUUCCAAGCGUGUCCAUCUCUAUUCCUGGACGGCUGUGUUUGCUCCUAUUUCUUACCUCCUUUCAUUUAGUGUCCAAUGAAUUCAUAGAGAAUCAGGUGAGGGGAGUUCCUAACUAAUCAAUAAAGACCUAGACAGUCAGGUGAGGGGAGUUCCUAACUAAUCAAUAAAGACCUAGACAGUCAGGUGAGGGGAGUUCCUAACUAAUCAAUAAAGACCUAGACAGUCAGGUGAGGGGAGGUACUAACUAAUCAAUAAAGACCUAGACAGUCAGGUGAGGGGAGUUCCUAGUUAAUCAAUAAGACCUAGACAGUCAGGUGAGGGGAGUUCCUAGUUAAUCAAUAAAGAUCUAGACAGUCAGGUGAGGGGAGGUACUAACUAAUCAAUAAGACCUAGACAGGUGAGGGGAGUUCCUAACUAAUCAAUAAGACCUAGACAGGUGAGGGGAGUUCCUAGCUAAUCAAUAAGACCUAGACAGUCAGGUGAGGGGAGGUACUAACUAAUCAAUAAGACCUAGACAGUCAGGUGAGGGGAGUUCCUAGCUAAUCAAUAAGACCUAGACAGUCAGGUGAGGGGAGUUCCUAGUUAAUCAAUAAGACCUAGACAGGUGAGGGGACGUACUAACUAAUCAAUAAAGAUCUAGACAGGUGAGGGGAGGUACUAACUAAUCAAUAAAGAUCUAGACGGUCAGGUGAGGGGAGGUACUAACUAAUCAAUAAGACCUAGACAGUCAGGUGAGGGGAGUUCCUAGUUAAUCAAUAAGACCUAGACAGGUGAGGGGAGUUCCUAGUUAAUCAAUAAGACCUAGACAGUCAGGUGAGGGGAGUUCCUAACUAAUCAAUAAGACCUAGACAGUCAGGUGAGGGGAGUUCCUAGUUAAUCAAUAAGACCUAGACAGGUGAGGGGAGUUCCUAGUUAAUCAAUAAGACCUAGACAGGUGAGGGGACGUACUAACUAAUCAAUAAGACCUAGACAGUCAGGUGAGGGGAGUUCCUUGCUAAUCAAUAAGACCUAGACAGGUGAUGGGAGGUACUAACUAAUCAGUGACCUUUUAUUGAUCAAUCAAGUACAAGAGAGUAGUGAAAACCCGCAGACACUCGACCCUCGAGGACUGGAGUUUGACAUUAGGACUGGAGUUUGCCAUUAGGACUGGAGUUUGCCAUUAGGACUGGAGUUUGCCAUUAGGACUGGAGUUUGCCAUUAGGACUGGAGUUUGCCAUUGGGCCUGGAGUUUGACAUUAGGACUGGAGUUUGACAUUAGGACUGGAGUUUGACAUUAGGACUGGAGUUUGACAUUAGGACUGGAGUUAGGACUGGAGUUUGACAUUAGGACUGGAGUUUGCCAUUAGGACUGGAGUUUGCCAUUAGGACUGGAGUUUGCCAUUAGGACUGGAGUUUGACAUUAGGACUGGAGUUUGACAUUAGGACUGGAGUUUGACAUUAGGACUGGAGUUUGACAUUAGGACUGGAGUUUGACAUUAGGACUGGAGUUUGACAUUAGGACUGGAGUUUGCCAUUAGGACUGGAGUUUGACAUUAGGACUGGAGUUUGACAUUAGGACUGGAGUUUGCCACUAUCCCAUCAGCAUCGUCUCUAAUCAUAUCGGAAUGUAGCCUGUUAAAGUACCUGCUUAACCCUGAACUAAUAUGUUCCUGUAUAGAUAUACACAUUACAGAACUCUGUUGGAAUGCAUGGGGUUAUAUAACAGCCUAACUAUAAUUGUCCAUCUAUGUAAUCAGUCCAUUGAUAGAGCAUACAACUAUAACCUGUAGUUAAAACUGGACAGAUGAUGUGUAGUAACCAGUAAAGGCCUUUGCAUCCCGAAUAGCACCCUAUUCCCUAUUUAGGGCACAUAGGGAACUGGUGAAAUUAGUAGUGCACUAUAGAGCAAAUAAGAUGACAUUUGGAACGUAGGGGCGUAUGUAACAGGCAGUCAAGGCCGUCGCAUGUAAAGGCCAAGAUGAUUAUUCUGAUGUUAAAUUUGUAAUGUUUUUCUUCUGGAAAGACAUGAUGUUGAAAAAUCUUUUAAGUGAGAUGUAUCAUUCAUUCCAAAUAAGAAUUUGUUCUUAACUGACUUGUUAAGUUAAAUAAAAGUUACAUUUUAAAAAUAAA